AUGUGCUAUGUGGGGAAAGCAACAAAGAUCUUCAUUUUUGUGGUGACAGUGCUGGUGGUACUUGGGCUGGUUUUGGGAUUUGGGGUUCUCCGCCACGGCUUCCAAAAAUCCCACAAAUGCUCCGCCGAUUCGUAUUCCUGCCGCCCUCUCUCCUCCCCACCAAUUCAAUUCCCUAACCCAAAUUCCGGUUCGAACCAGCCCAUCCCACCAAAUUCCGAUCCAACUCUGACCCAGCCCAGCCCACCUAACCCCAAUUUCAACCCGCCUCCUCCGCCUAACCCAGAUUUGACCCCGUCUCCGCCGACAUCAAUCUCAACCCCGCCUCCUCCAACUCCGCCGACAUCAAUUCUAAGCCCACCUCCGCCGACAUCAAUUCUGAGUCCACCGCCGCCUAACCCAACUUCCAAUCCGCCAUCUUUUCCGCCGCCUCCGCCGGCUACAACGGCGGCGCCGCCAUUCAGUCCGCCAAGUGAGGCCCAGGUGACUUCAAGUCCUGCCCGUGUUUAG